UUAGCGGGAAUUGAAUCUAAUAGUAAAGACGCCAUCUUUGUAUAAACACCGAGUUUCGGAUAGUUGUCUACGUAUUAAAAAUGUGAAGAUGGUGUGAUUUGUUGGUUAAAAAAUUCGAAUAAUCCAGAUUUAUCAACUUGUACACAGAAAGUCUAAUACAAAAUGUUUUACGCAAGCUUUGUGCUUAACAAAAAAGGGCCCCUGGCUCGAAUAUGGCUGGCUGCUCAUUGGGACAAAAAACUGACCAAGGCACAUGUUUUUGAGACCAACAUCGAUAGCAGUGUUGAGGCCAUACUUAAACCUAAGGUCAAAAUGGCACUUCGGACUUCUGGCCACUUGCUGCUUGGUGUGGUUCGAAUCUACUCAAGAAAAGCAAAGUAUUUGUUGGCUGAUUGCAAUGAAGCUUUUGUUAAGAUUAAAAUGGCCUUCCGGCCUGGUGUGGUGGAUUUGCCUGAAGAAAACAGAGAGGCUGCUGUGGCUGCCAUCACUUUACAAGAAAAUUUUCAUGACUUUGAGACAACACUUGCUGAUUUAGAGGACAUAAAUGUUCAAGCGCAGUUUUCUGUAAAUCAGAGUCGACCUGAGGAAAUAACAAUGAGGGAAGACUUGGGGUCAAUAACUCUCAUGGGCGAUGAUGGCUUUGGUCCAUUGGAAGACGAUUCCUUGGGAGAAACUGUAACUAAUGAAAAACUUUGCCUUAUAAUUUAUGGGGAAGCAUCUAAUUUUAUCAAACAUCCACUGAGUGAAGAUUUUCUUUGUGAAUUACUGGACAGAGCCCUGACAUUAAAAUCAACAUAUCUCAGUUGUUUAGUCUGUAAAAUGUCAUCUCAGCUUGAGUGUGUUUGCAGGCGUUCAACUGCAUAUCAUCAUGAAACCAUUGUAACCAUCUGUGAUAGAAAUUCUCGUAUAGACAGUGGGAUUGAGAAUGAUGUUGAAAAUACCUGUGAUAUAACAAAUCCAAACACCUUGUUGACCUCUCCUAGUUGUUUCGACCAUUCCACACCUAUAAAAAGUCAUGGCAGCUAUACUGUUGACUCUUGUGACAAUAUUCUAUCACCAUCUACCUCAGAAAUUGAACCGUUUAUGACUCCUCCUCAAUCUUCUAGAAAAAUACAUUUAUCGCUAGCUUCUUCGUCUCAGGAUAAAAACUUUUGUGCCCAGUGUGCCAACUGCCCUUGCCGUAAACGUUUAAGUGCCUCAAGAAAAUUAGAUGCCAGUUUUGAUAACGCAGCUGAGAAUGCUGACAGACUUCCUCUUGAGCAUUCAGAUAGUGGCAUUGGACUAGACACUGACCCUGGUUUCUAUGACAUGGAAUCGGGGUCAGAGGAAGAAUGGGAUGAUUCCGAAUAUAAUUUUCAAGAUGAUAAAUGUGUCACUACCACCCGUCGCUGUCACCAUAAUCAUAAAGAACAUGCUUGUGAUAUAGAUGAAAUAGCUUGUAACAGUAAAUGUCUUGAAAAAUUGCCAUGUCCAGACAAAAUUGAUACAUCAGAAAAGACAGACCUCAGUGUUGGGGGGUUGCUAAAUGGCAAGGGUGAUGUGGGAUUUGAUGAGAGGGAAAUUCUUCAUGAAGAUGGACAUCUAGAUGAUGGUCUAUAUAAGCCAUCAGACAUAGAUGUGCCAAAAGAUGACCAACCUCAUUCUCCAGCUGACAAGGAAAAGCCAAUGGACAUAGACUUACCUCCCCCAGUUGUGGGAGAUGGGUUUGGUGAUGAGUUUAUGGAUGCAGAUGAUGGCUGUGAUGAAGAUAAUGAUGACAACUUUGGAGAUAUUGAUCAGGAUUUUUUCGCACAAAACUUUAUGGGCACUGGAGGUUUGUUUGAAGAUCCACCUGCCAUGUCUAAUGUCAACGCCACGAAUGACGCAUCUGAGGCUGCUUCCGCUUCACCUAAACGAGAUGAGAGGGAUAAGAAGUCUUUGGGUGGUGAGACUGAUGCAGAGGAAACUGUUCCCCUCCAAGCUGCAGCUGCUGGUGUGUCGGCUGUUUCUAGCACUAUGGGGGAACAGACUACACUUGUCCAUAAUGAGGAAGAAGCUUUUGCUCUAGAACCUCUUGAUAUCACAACUGUUCCAGGUACAGAAAGGAAGGGAAAACGAAAGCGUAAGCUUAUUGUUGAUGAGCAAAAGGGCAUACCCAGUGAAACCAUGAAGUUGCAACUCUCAGACACAUCAGACAUUGUAUCUGCCCUAGAUCUAGCCCCACCCACAAAGAAAUUAAUGCUCUGGAAAGAGACUGGUGGAGUGGAGAAGGUCUUUGUUUUACCGGGCAGGCCUAUCAUUUCCAAGGUUCUUGUAAAGCACUUUACCCGAAACCUUGUUUGCCGGCCAAUGUCUGAUGACUAUGAGCCAGGAUCUUCUAAAAUUGAUCUGGACAUGGCCCCUGAGAUAGCCAGAGAGAAUGAACGUAACAGCACCUUGAUAGAUGCCAGCAAGCAAUUGCAGAUGUCCACAAUACUGGAGGAGACCAGGAAUAUCAAUGAAUCAUCAAUAGCAGUGGAACCUUCCAUCAAUGUUUCGGAAAUUGUAGCAAAUACACCAGUUUCUAAGAGAUCUCGGUCACGACAUGAAGAAAGUAUUGAACCACCUCGCAGAACUGAAGAGCUACCAAGAGAAAACGAGUCAGUAUUUGAUCAGAUACCUGACAUAACCUUAGCACCAUCAGAAGUCCCAACAGAUCCAUCAAAUAUUGUUCCCACCAUUAAUCCCCUGCUGGAUGAUGGACCACCUUCAGUUGCUCCGUUCUCCGUGGCUCCACCAUCAGUCGCCCCACAAUCUGUUGCGCCUGGAAUGACAUUUGAUGACUUGGAACAAGAACAGGAAGCUGAUCAAAUGCCAGAAAAUGCAGAGCAAGAAGAAAAGAGAUGGAGCAAGCGCACACAGCAGAUGCAACAGAUAUUUGAACAGGCAUUCACAUUUUCAGAUGUUUUGAGCUUCAAGGAAAUGGCUCGUAAUCACAACCGCAAACAGGCGGCAUCUAGGUUUUACACACUUUUAGUUCUCAAAAAGCACCAGGCUGUUAAUACCAAGCAGGAGGAGCCCUUUGGAGAUAUUUAUAUUUCUAAAGGUCCCAACUUUGGUGUUGCAUGUUAAUUAAGCCACAUGUUUGAACAGACUAGAAAGUUUAUUAAUUUAUUUGCAAAUAGUUUUAUUUACAUCAAGCGUUGUUUUUUUUUUAUUUCCCCCCACUGUCACAAUAAAACACUUUAUCUGUGGCUAAAAACCUGUUACUUUGUUUGGCUUAACUUUUGGGAGGAUAAGUAUUCUAGGCUGUCAGGUGAAGAUCAUUGGGGGGGGGGGGUGUGUUAGUGGUUAUUACAGGGGAUCUAAAUGUAAAGCAGAGUUGAUUAUGCCUGUAGAAGUGUACAGCAAGUUAAUGGAAUAGAAAUACUGUACAAAUUCUUAAAAUACCUGUAAUGAUUAAUUUACUUUUUUUGAGCCAACUUUAUUUUUUUUUUUAAUUUUUACUUUUAAACAAUCUGGACACUAGGGAAGUGUGUGGUGGGUCAAUUUUGUUCAUCAUGUUAAUUAUUUUGGCAUUUGCAUUUUUCAUCUUAUUUGAGAGCAGUGCUCGUUUGAUUCAUUAAAAUAUACAUUCAGUUAUUUAAAAUGUGGAGUGUAUAACAUCAGGCAAAUUACGCAGUAACAAACUGAUAACGGACAGAGUGGCAUUGUUUCUUAGCAGUCUUCUUAUAUUUCUUUGAUGAGGGGCUGGUUCUUCAGGCUGUCAUAUCCUCUUUAAUUUUAAGAUUUUUCUCUGUAGUCUUAUGAAUGUGUGGUGGUGCAUUUGUAAGCCAUUGGUGUUCAAUUACUCAUUAGUUUAUCGUUAACUUUGAUUAAACUUGGCAGCAGGAUGUUUCCUCAUUGCUUGUAAAAUAUCAUAAAUCAUUAGACGUCCCGUGUACAUGUUCUGUCACAUCAUUUAUUCAUUUCAAUAUUAUCAUGUUAAUGUAAUAAAAAUCUAUUUGGA